AUGUCAACAACCGCUCACGUCUUGAUAGGCGCCGAAGACGUCAACGUUCGAACAGCACUGGACGGUGGAAACGGGCCUGUCCCACAUCCCCUUCGAAUUAACCGUAGCAUGGCGAUGUACCAGCGCUUAUCGACACUCUGUGGUGGCCGCUACGGGGUGCAAAGGACAGCCCAGACGCUUCACUACAGCGGCACCAAGAUGCAGCCGUUGCUCAUUCGAACGAUCGCGGCUCACUGGACAUCAUCAUGCUUCAUUACGAUCUUUCUCUGCAUCUGGACCUCCGUCUGCGUCAACGUCCCAGCACCUGAACAUGGAGUAUGGGCAAUAUUCCGGGACAGAUGGCAUAUGUUCUGUCUCGGUCUCCUCGGACCGGAAUUCGUCGUCCUAAUCUCUGUCGGGCAGUACUGUGCCGCAAAAGCGUCCGUUCGAUCGUUCGCGGAAACGAAACACCAAGGCUGGACGAUGAAGCACGCCUUCUUUGCUGACAUGGGAGGCAUUCACUUGCAAUUCCCAGACUCCAAGUCGUUCCCCGUGAACGGCAAGCAACUACACUUCCUCGUCAGCAACGGCUACAUCCCGUAUCCCAAUAUCAGCACAGGAGACAUCAUCGAUAAGAACAAAGCCGAUGGUCUGGCCAGGACCAUAUGCACAAUCCAGAUCUUCUGGUUCACACUGAGCACCAUCUCUCGUCCGAUCGCGCGAUACGCAGUCACGACACUCGAACUUACCACACUCGCGUAUAUAUUCUGCGCGCUGGCCACGCUAUUCUUUUGGCGAUGCAAGCCGAUGGAUAUUCGCACCCCCAUCAUACUCGAGUGCCCGACGCCACUAAGCCGCAUAGCCGAUCGACGAGGACGUACGGCAGCCGAACCAUACUACUACACGCCCCUAGAUUUCAUCAGCCGCGAAGAAUGGAUAGCGACCCGGCUCUGGACAUACUACGUCAACCUCCUUCGCCAAAUGCACGUCGUCCACACAUAUGAGCGGUCGCUGCCCAUCCGCCACUUCUCCUCGUUCAACUUUCCGCUCCCGACGCGCCCCUUCAUAUUCGCGAUUCUAGGCAUCGCCUUCGCAUACACGGGCAUUUUCGUGGCUGGUUGGAAUCUGCAUUAUCCCACCAGAGCCGAACAAGUGCUUUGGCGGACCUGCACCCUAGGAACCAUGAUCAUCACUGUCAUCGGGAGCCUCUUCGAGGUUACUAUAAUGUUUGUUCAGUACCGCCGGCGGCACACCGUCUCGGCGCUUGUUCACAACCCUGACAUCGAGAUUAUGCCACGGUACCCCACCCAUCGUCCCAGGCAUCCGUCAGGCGAACCCACGAACCUGCAGAGGAGACUGCAGAAUCUUCGCAAUAAUACGCCCGAGAAAGACCCGCACUUUGAUAUCCCGAUCAGGUCUUUAAUGAUUACGACUCCGAUUUGCGCUUUGUAUUGUAUCUUUAGGGCUUUCAUCCUGGUGGAGGAUAUUAUUUCCCUGCGGGAGCUUCCAGCCAGUGCCUUUGCAGCAAUUGACUGGUCCAUGUACGUACCGCAUAUUUGA